AUGUCAUGCCAGCUGGCUAACCGCAUUAUGACUUGCCACUAUCCACAGGCAUCAAACUCAGAUCCCAUCAGCCUUCAGGGCCAAUCGCCGCUUGUACGAGACCGGCAACCAUCCAGAGUUCUGAUUGCUUGGUCUCUUUUACCACACGAGCGCCGAAUGUCAGUUGUGAAUCUAACGAUGCGCAGGCUCGCUUCAGCCUUACGGGCCACAGCUGGAAUGGCGGCAAUAGCACAGGCCGCAAACGAUGCCAUGAAGCCUAACUUGUCGGAUGAGGUUUAUUUUGGUGAAGAAGCUUGUGGAUUGGAUGAAUGCCGUAUGAAUGCUGUUACUAGCGGACUUUCUAGCCGUGGUCUACCGUCGGGCACCAGACUGAUUGGCCAAAAUGAAUCAUUGAACGUCUCCGACCUAGCAGUCCGAUUGCCUCUUGAAGCAGAGCCUAUAAAAAACAAGGAGGCUAUGCUUUGGCAGGUCAGAUCAUCCGCUCAUGUGUACCUUUGA